AUGUCGGCACCCAACGGAGGGCCCUCAGGUCCUCUCUACAUGCAGGAAGCGCAUGUGGACGCCCAGCCCCUGCCGGUGUUUGACUACCACUCGCUCGGCGGACAAGAUCCAUCAAUCUGUAUCGACAAUGGUACUCAUUCUUGGAGAGCCGGAUUCAAUACCACACCUGGUCCAUAUAUAGACACUCUGAAUCAGGUCUCCAAGUACAAGGACCGCAAGUCUGGCCAGAAUGUGCUCUUAUUUGGCUCGGACGCCGAAGCCGAUGCCUCAUCACGGUCGAACACGAGGUCCAUGUAUGAUGGAGAUAUCUUUACUCAACCAGAUGUACUGGAAGGAGCGUUGGAUUACACCUUUUGCAAGCUUGGGCUAGACACGCCUCAGGUCCAACAUCCCAUCGUCAUGACCGAGCGAUUGACCAAUCCCUUAUUCAGCCGAGCAAUGACCUCGGAAUUGCUGUUUGAGCUUUACAAUGCCCCCUCCGUCACCUACGGCGUCGAUUCUCUCUUUGCCUUUUCUCGACAAAAGAAGAGAGACGGUCUGGCUAUCAACCUCGGUCAUCAAGCGACUACUGUUAUUCCCAUAUUUGACGGUAAAGCUCUGAUAGGGCAGUCAAAGAGGUUGCCUUGGGGAGGAGCACAAGCUUCAGAGCUUUUAUUGAAACUGGCUCAACUCAAGUAUCCCUUGUUCCCGACCAAAGUCACACCGCAGCAAGCAACAUUCAUGUAUCGCCAAACAUGCUACUUUUCGUCAGACUACGAGUCGGAGCUGAGAACCCUUGAGGACCCGGCAAAGCUGUCGGCUAUGACUCGACUCGUGCAGUUCCCGUACACAGUACCAGAGACUGUUGAGAAGACGGAAGAGGAGCUUGCGGCGGCGGCGGAGCGGAGAAAAGAGUCGGGAAAGAGACUGCAAGAAAUGGGAGCCAAGAAACGAGCUGAAAAGCUCGCUGCCACAAUCGCAGAGCUCGAAGAGUACAAGCUUCUCAUCUCUGAUAAAUCUUCCCUCAAGAAGGCCGAUUAUAUCAACCGUAUAUCCGAAGAGACACCAUUCGACACUGAGGCUCAGCUCGAAUCAUGGGUGAAAAAGACGGAGGCGGAUGUGAGGAAGAAACAGAGAAAGGACCUCGGGUUGACUGAGGAGCCGGAGGAGGAACCGACUUUCCCGUUAUUGGGGAGACCGGACGGAGAGCUGAACGAGGAGGAGAUCAAGGAGAAGAAGAGGCAGAGGUUGAUGAAGGGCGCUUGGUAUGCGAGGCAGAAGAUCAAGGAAGAGAAGAGAAUCGAGAGGGAGCGAUUGGAAGAGGAAAAGAGAAAAGAGGUGGAAGAGAGAGAAACGAAUUUGACGGGUUGGGCUGCAGACCUCAAAGAAGAACACGAAGAUGUCAUCAACCGCAUUCGCGACCGCGAGAAAAAGAAGGCGCAACUGGGCGACCGAAAGUCUGCUGCCUCGCAAAACCGGAUGAAGUCUCUGGCUAGCUUGGCUCAGGAGGAGAAGGCUCCCAAAAAGAGAAAAAAGGGUGAAGAUGACGAUGGAUUCGGUAUGGACGAUUCCGACUGGGCUGUAUACCGCGAAAUCGACGGCGGAGACGAAGAUUCGGAUGCCGAAGAAGACGACCAGACCCUCCUGGAAUCCAUCGAGAGCCGUCUCUUGCAGUACGACCCCACCUUCUCUGAAGAACACACCAUGUUUGGCCGAGCCGAGGCAAAGAACCGUCUCUUGAACGCUUUUGUCCGCGGUGGAAGCUCAGAAAAGUAUGAUCCUGAAGAUCUCGCCCAGGCGCAUCAACUUCACCUGAAUAUAGAGAGGAUCAGGGUACCGGAAGUCUGGUUCCAGCCGAGUAUCGUGGGGCUUGAUAAUGCCGGUUUGGGAGAGGCGGCGGGGUGGAUCUUGAAUGGUUUCAGCGAAGAGAACAAGAAGCGGCUGAUGCAGGGCAUAUUCUUGACUGGCGGUGGUGUUCAUACCCCCAACAUCAUCCCAAAAAUGCGCAACAUCCUUACUCCCAUCCUUCCCUUCCGUGCGCCUCUGAAGGUCGUCUCAUCACUGAACGGUGGGGAUCCCAGACUGGAGGCAUGGAAGGGUAUGGCGGAGUGGAGUGUGACGGAAGAAGCGAAAACAUCAAGAGUGACGAGGCAAGAGUAUGAAGAAUAUGGGGCGGAGUGGCUGAAAGAACAUUCUUGGGGGAACGUUGCAAUCUGA